AGUGUGACCAACUCUGCCAUUUGCGCGUCGGUAGGCAGCCCGUAGUGUUACCUCUGAUUCUCCCUCGUGCACACGUACGCCGUUAACACAAGGAUUUUUUUUCAUUUUCCACCACUCAAGUGUUUCCACGGUUUAAUAAAACAAACCCGAGUGCUUCCGCAGUUAAUAUAAUCCAAUUAAAUACAAAAUCAACACUUCACAAUGGCUGAUGUCGAGACAAAGGAAACCACAGUUGCCUCUCCCGAGAAAAAAGUAGUGGAGGAGGUUGUUGAGAAGAAAGAGAAAGAAGUUAAGGAAGUGGAGGAGGUGGAUGAGGACUCAAGGGCAUCUGAGAAUGGUGAUGCCAAAGAGGUCAAAGAAAAUGGUGAGGAGAAGCCGGCCGAGGAGAAGGAGGCAGAGUCCACGGAGAAUGGUGAUUCCACAGAUGCCCCUGCUGAUGCCUGCUGCAUAAAGAGGAAAUCAACAACGGGUGUUGAGGCCAGUGCAGAUGCACCAGAUGGCGUAAGUCCCGAGAAGAAAGCUAAACUCGAGGAGAAACCAGUGGAAGCUGCCGAGAGCAACGGUGACACAGAGACCGCGGCCUAAUAUAUCAAAAAAUAAAUACUAAAACAUUAAAAAAAAAAACCAUCCCCCUACACUUUAAUGGACAUUAUCACACAUACAAGCGUGAAGUCAGAGCAUUGAAAAUAAUUAUUUCAUCGUCGACGCAUCGGAGAAAAACCGUGAAAAAUAAUAUUCAAAACAGACGUGUUUUCUUUUUUAAUAUUUUGUCUAUUCUUUUCAACAAAUGAACAAUAAAACUGUACUUAAAUGCGUGCACUCAGUCUAUGAUAAUUGAAGUUAAUAAAUAAAUGUGAAUUAUAUAAAUGCAUUGUUGCAUAGUAAUUUGAUAUAUUAUUUUUCAUUCACCCAGGCGUUUUCUUCGAUGCACAAAUUCACACACAUUUAAACCCGUUAUAUUGUUACAAAUUUGAAAUAAAAAUGAUAAAAGUUGAGUGGAUAAUUGUUUAUCCAUUGACUAUAUUUGUAAUUCGGAGAGUUGACCUUUUGAUGCGGUGCUGUGAGGGGUCCGAUUCUUAUCAAAUGCCGGAUUAGUAAUGAAAAAAAAAAAGAAAAUAUAAAUUUUAAAGAUUUAAAAAAAAGUCUACGUGCAUGGCAUUAAUGGUAAAGAUAGUUAUUUUUCUGCGAGACUAAAUACAUUCCUGUAUUACAAAAAUAACAAAAUUUGGCGAUAAAAAAUAGUUGGUGUAAUGACAGCUGUUUGAGACAUAAUAAGUUUUUUUUUUUUUCACGAAAAGAUCUUUUUCUAUUUUAUCACUUAAUCAUUAAUGGUUUGAGAAUUAUCAUUCAGUUCAAGACUGGUUAAUC